AUGGCACCUAAAAGAAUGCAAGGUAAGAGUUUAAACAGCGCGCUACACGACCUUAUACAAAGGACCGAGGAGCAUUCAGAAGAUCCCGUGCAAUUGUGUAACUCUGUCGGGGAAAUUGAUUUGGACCUUGAUGAUGUCAUGAAUGUUGAUAGUGUACCAAACACUAUCCCCGAAGAAGACCCGAAUAGAAAUGAAUUGCAGUUGGCUGAGUGCGCAUUCGGGUCUCAGGGACAUGGGCGAGUUGUGGGUUUGGGCUCCGGUGUCACACCUAGAUCUUUUAGACCUGAUGCUCGUGGUGGUACUAGCACACAGCGCGGUGACACGCAAAACGCACUUUUACUUGAGGAGAUACAGAGGAUGCGAGAGGAGCGUGAAGCUGAGAAGCUUCAGUCACGGAGAGAGCGCAAAGAAGCCUUACUCGAGCGUCAAAUGGAGCGUGAGGAAGCACAAAGGCAGCGUGAAAUGGAGCGCGAAGAGUUAUUGAUGCAGCGUGAAGAUGAACGUGAAGAAGCUCGAAGAGAGCUUUUUGGUUAUUGGUUAUUGGUUAUUAAUGAUUGA